GUGUGAGGGCUCUGCUCGCCUCCCAAACAACCACAGAACCACAGACGUGCGGCUCGGGGUUGGUGUUUGAGGGCGACCUGGAGUGUAAAUGGUUAAUCGUCGCGGGCCAGCACCAGUCACAAGGACGGCGCUAAGCGAGACGUGUCAAGGGUCACGGAAACCACAGAGGAACAAAAGUGGGGCUUGCUGCAACCAGAGGCAGCUAUGGCAUCUAACAGCCUUUUCAGCACAGUGACACCAUGUCAACAAAACUUCUUCUGGGAUCCCAGCGCCAGCCGGAGGUUCAGUCCGCCGUCCAAUAGCCUCCAGCCGGUCCCAGGGAAGAUGAACGAUGUGAGCUCCCCAGCCGGGCAGCCGGACGCAGCGGCGGCCGUGCCAAGACUGCGUCCCCACGAAAACCGCAGCAUGGCCGAGAUCAUCGCCGACCACCCGGCCGAGCUGGUCCGGACCGACAGCCCCAACUUUCUCUGCUCGGUCCUGCCCUCCCACUGGCGGUGCAACAAGACGCUGCCUGUCGCCUUUAAGGUUGUUGCCCUGGGAGACAUACCUGACGGGACUGUUGUCACAGUAAUGGCGGGGAAUGAUGAGAACUACUCCGCCGAACUGCGGAACGCUUCAGGUGUGAUGAAGAACCAGGUAGCACGUUUCAACGACCUUCGCUUCGUGGGCCGCAGUGGCAGAGGCAAGAGCUUCACACUGACAAUCACAGUAUUCACCAACCCACCACAAGUGGCCACUUACCACCGAGCCAUAAAGGUCACCGUGGAUGGACCGCGUGAGCCCAGGAGGCAUCGUCAAAAGCUCGAGGACCCUCCCAAGACUGGUCUCUUCUCAGACCGCCUCAGCGAGCUCGAAAGGAUGAGGGUCAGGGUCGCCGUUCCCACUCAAGCCCCGCGGCCAACACUCAACACAGCGCCCAACUCCUUCAACCCGCAGGGACAGACACAGAUAACAGACCCUCGUCAGUCCCAGUCCUCUCCUCCCUGGUCAUAUGAACAGACGUACCCGUCCUACCUGAGUCCCAUGGCAUCCCCCUCAGUCCACUCCACCACCCCCCUCUCCUCCAGCCGAGGCACGGGCCUGCCUGCCAUCAGUGACGUGCCUAGACGAUUGCCAGGUUCUUCGGACCUGAGCCCAUUCCCUGGUCAGUUUGAGCGUCAGUUCCCGAGCCUCUCCUCCCUCACCGAGACUCGUUUCUCCAGCCCUCGGAUGCACUACCCAGCCACCUUCACCUACACCCCGCCCGUCACCUCCGCCAUGUCUCUGGGCAGCGCACACUACCACACCUACCUUCCCCCUCCAUACCCGGGCUCCACCCAGAGCCAGAGCGGACCCUUUCAGACCAGCAGCACACCCUAUCUCUACUACGGAGCUUCGUCCGGCUCCUACCAGUUUUCCAUGGUUCCCGGCGGGGAUCGCUCGCCCUCCCGGAUGAUCCCACCUUGCACUAGCGCCUCCACGGGCACCACCCUGGUGAACCCCAACCUGCCCAGCCAGACGGAGGGAGGUGUGGACGGCGACGGGAGUCACAGUAACUCCCCAACAGUUCUCAACCCUGGAGGCCGCAUGGAUGAGGCUGUCUGGAGGCCAUAUUGAAGAAAGCCAGUGGGUGGAGAUUGGAAGUCAACUGAUGUCAUGGUUUGAAAGCACAAAACCUUUUUUUUUUUUAAAUUGAAAAGGGGAUUUUUGAGCUCUCAUCAGCUAUCUCUACCUUUUGCUUGGAAAUAAAGGUUGAGAUAAAAAAAAAAAAAAGACCAGACUUGUACGGACUUGUCUUCCUGGAAUGUGUUUUGACCAAGGCACUACAAAGGGAGUCAUUCUCACAGCAAUAAUGAGAAAGACAAUUUUGGUUUACUAGGCCCAAGUGGAUGAGACAUUAUUUCAGUUUUAUUAUAAUCCACAAGCUAAGGGAUGCUUCAACAAUAUUUGUAAAAGACUGCCUCUUUUGUAUAGUGUUUGUAUUUCAGUAAGGCUUUUUGCAGAGCAUGUUUUUGUAUUACGACAAUAUCAAGAUGCAAGGUAAGCACUGAGUAGCAAGUAAUGAGAGUAACACAUAUGUUACCUUAAGUGGUAUGGACAGUAAAUUUGCUUUAAAUCGAUUAAUUUAACUUGUAUAUUGUGGGUGAAACGAUGUAGAUUGAGGCGUUUUCUUAGUUUUAACUUAUAAAGCCAUAAAUUAUGUAUUGUAUUUGAAACUUGAGUCAAAGAAGUGUAAUCUGAAUAUUUUUGAUGCAUCUAUAUGACUAAGUUAAAAUGAAUUUUUCUUUUUUUGAUAGGUAAUUUAAGAGAGUGAGAGUUUUUUUUUUUUUUUUUUUUUGUAGUACCCAAAGAUUUAAAUCGUUUCGAAUAUGAAAUGUAAUUUCCAAAGAGCAUUGCAACAUGUUUCUUCUGGUGUAAUUUUCAGUUUAACUGCUCCACACGUUAAGAGCCCAACAUCCUUGCGAGGCGUUGACACACAUUUGGCUUGGAAUUAAACCUUUGGUAUUUAUUGAGCAAUAACUCGGAUUGUGCCUCUUGGCAACAUACCAUGAAAGAAAGCUUCAAUGGGGGAAAAUAAUUAUCCAUUGGGGGAAAAUCUGCUUGAUUUCUUUAGUUUGUCUGGUCUGACAUGCACACAGACUCAUGUGUAUUUUCUCAUCCAAAUAAAAAUUGUACAUUUCUACACGAAUUGACGUUCAGCCCAAAGAUGAUUACGGCGGUGCCACGCCCAGUGGUGCUCUCAGUUAGUUUGUGAUACGUGAACUCCUCAGGACUGGAAUAAUCUUUGGAUGAUCCCACAGAUUUGCUAUAUCUGCAUGUCUUUUUCAUAUCCACUCCGCUCUGUCAAGAUUUUUAGGGAAAACAUGCCAAGUCUAUUAUAGCUUUCAUAUCAUGUGCAAAAGAUGGCUUUGAAAAAGUUUGUCUUAGUGUGUGACACACAUGGGUACUUUUUUUUUUUUGUUUCUUUCUUUGCAUUUUUCUUUUUCAGUCUCUGAGAUUGAAAAGGAGAUAUCACAGUUACCAGAUAAACAAAAAGACUGUGACAUUCCUUCGGACAUUUAUUUAUUUUCCAUUUUUAGCUUUUGUAGGAAAACGGUUUACCAAAUACUUUUGGACCGUCUUCACUAACCAAUGUCACAAUCUAAAAUCUUUCUGUGGCACCAGGACCAGUGGGAGGUCUGAUAUUUUCCAAUCUGAAAUUACUAUGUGAGAUUUUUUUGUUUUGUUUUGUUUUAAGUGUUGGAGUAAAAGGAAAAAGUGCAAAAACCGAGGUGAUUGGAUGCAGCUGCUGGCAGCAAACUGGUAACCAAAAAAUAUGGGAGACUUGUGUAUGUUUGUUUCAUAAAGCACUUAUUUCUUGCUUUAUUUCUAGCAGCACUUGUGGCUGGCUGCCAGCAGGGCACGUGGUUUUGGUCCUCAGUGCAGAUAUAUUGCCACUGGAGUCACACUCACACACACACACACACACACACACAGAAUGGAUAACACUUGGCCAAACAAGCCAUUUACAUUGGAGUUGAAUCUGAUCUCACAAGGCAGUUGGUAUUUGUUUGAAAAAAACCUUUUCUUUUUUGCUUUCGUACAAUAUGAUAUUCAGUGCAUGUAGGUAAUAUAAUAACCCAAUUUGAAAAAGCUGAGAAAAACAUGGCUCUGUCCAAGGAUCAGACUUCAAGCUUUUCAUUGAAGGUUUGCACGCAGUGCCUCUUUCCCAGUCUCUGCAGAGGAUGUUCUGAACUCGCUUAAUGGAAUUGAACAUGUCACAUUACAUUUCCCCGACUGCUUCAGCCCAAACGAAAAGUAUUUUUGCUGUUGCAGUGUAACAUAAGAAAGCAAAUAAAAACCUUUUAGAUUGUUGUGAUUUUAUAGCUUUUUUCCAAUUACAAAUUUAUCCAGUGUCUCCAUAAUAACUAUGCACAUCUGUUGCAGUUUUAGUUCAGCCUUGUUUUUUCUUCCCAAAUUUUGAACAGGAAACGGUCUUUAAAAAAAAAAACUGUUUACACAUCAACACAGCACUGACAUCCCAUUCUGUCCUAUUGUGCUUUUGUUUGUGUUGUGUUUUUUUUUUCUUCCUCAGAAAAUAUGAGGUUCAUCCUUUUCUUUCUUUUGGUUUAAUGUUGCGUACAGUCUGUCAUCCGAGAUCUUGUAUUAUUUAAUGAUCAACAUGUAUGAUAUCCAGGAACCGUACUUUACCCUGCUCUUAUGUAAAGUUUACUUGUUAUGUCUAUUGUUAUGCUUCUUCUCUCAUGAACACUUGUCAGGAAACUGAAACUAAUGGAGACUCCAUUAGGUUUUACUGGUACGUUUCAUAAAGAUCAUCAAGUGAGGUUUUUUGUUUUUUUGUUUUUUUUUAAUGGGACAAACAGACCUGACAACAGUGAGUGAAAUUGGCAUUGUGAUUGUACAUUUUGUUUAUUUUAAGAAUAAAAUAGGAAUUUUGUAACUUAA